CUGAAUUCAUUGUGUAGUUUUACAGCGUCAAAUGUUCCUGACUGGCAAUCUGUAGCGGUCCGUUCCUAUUGGCGCACGGAGAGAAACAGGGGCUGCUGAUGUCAGUUCCGCUGAUUUAGUAACGGAAGCAGUAUGGCAGACAGGAGAGAUUCCCCGGAACUCCCUGACUUCUCUAUGCUUAAAACGCUGGCCAGAUAUCAGCUGAUCGACCUGCUGGAACAGCUGCCGGGAAAGAAGGACUUCUUCAUUGAAUCAGACUUGAUGAGUCCACUGGAUCGCAUUGCUAAUGUGUCAACGCUAAAGAAACAUGAUGUUGACAAACUGUACAAAGUGGACUAUAAUAAGCGUAUUUUCAGCACCUCAGAUCAGCUCUGCUUCCUGAUACGACCCCAAAUACAAACUGUGAAGUGGAUUUGCGAUGUGGUCAAUGCAGACAAAGCAGCUGGAAAAUUCAGAAGAUACAAAAUCAUAUUUACCCCUCAGAAGUUCUUUGCAUGUGAAACAGUGCUGGAGGAACAGGGGAUCUUUGGUGAUGUUACCACAGAUGACUGGCCUUUCUACCUUCUUCCACUGGAUGAUGACAUCAUCAGUCUGGAGCUCCCAGAGUUUUUUCGACAUAAUUUCUUGGAAGGGGACCAGCGCUGGGUGAGGACAGCUGGUAGUGCUCUGCACCUCCUUCACUCCCUGUACGGCCCCUUCUCCAAGGUUUAUGGAAUUGGACGGUGUGCCAGGAUGACGUAUGAGUCUUUGAGGAAACAGAUUGAAGAGGGGGAACAGAAAGCUCGUAAGGCUGAAAUAGGAAAUGUUUUUCUUAUUGACAGAGAUGUGGACUUUGUUACUCCUCUGUGCUCACAAGUUGUGUAUGAAGGCCUUGUGGAUGAUAUAUUUCGAAUCAAAUGUGGUUGUGUGGAGUUUGGUCCUGAUGUUACCUCCUCUGACAAAAGUGUAAAGGUUAUGCUGAACUCUCAGGAUAAGGUGUUCAGCGAAAUCAGAAAUGAGCAUUUCUCCAAUGUCUUUGGAUUUCUCAGUCAAAAAGCCAAGAACCUCCAAACUGCAUAUGAUAAGCGCUGCGGGAUGGACAUACAACAGAUGAAGACAUUUGUGUCGCAGGAACUAAAGGGCUUAAAACAGGAGCACCGCCUCCUCAGCUUACAUAUCGGUGCAAGUGAGUCAAUAAUGAAGAAGAAAACAAAACAGGAUUUCCAAGACCUGUUGAAAAUUGAGCACUGUUUACUGGAAGGAUUUGAAAUCCGUGAAUGCAUUACCUUUAUAGAGGAGCACAUCAACAGACAGGUCUCCAUGAUAGAAAGUCUGAGACUACUUUGUCUUCUGUCUCUCACAGAAAAUGGCCUCCUCCCUAAAGAUUACAGGUCAUUAAAAGCACAGUAUCUUCAGAGUUAUGGAGUGGACCAUCUCCUCACGUUUGCCAACCUGAAGCAGCUGGGACUUUUGUUGGAGCAGCAGCCAGGAGAAACGCUAACUGUUAUGGAAACCAAAGUGGGCAAACUGGUCAACGAUAAAACUGCAGGAAAGCUGACUGAUGCAUUCUCUUCUUUGGCAAAGAAAAGCAAUUUCAGAGCCUUAAGCAGAAAGCUUAACUUGGUGCCAAAGUCAGAUGAAGAAUAUGACCUGCACGUCCCUCAAGAUAUGGCGUACAUCUUCAGCGGGGCUUAUAUUCCACUGAGCUGCAAACUCAUUGAGCAGGUGUUGGAGCGAGAUGGUUGGACAGGGCUUGAGGAAGUCACCAGGCUGCUGAAUGGAAAUGAAUUUGCAAUUACAGUCAACAGUGAUGCUUAUUCAAGAACUGAGAAUGAAGCUCGACGCAUUAUACUGGUUGUGUUCCUUGGUGGCUGCACCUUCUCAGAAAUUUCAGCUUUACGUUUCCUCGGCAAACAGAGAGGUUAUAAAUUCAUUGUUGUAACAACUGCAAUUACAAACAGUUCAAGACUGAUUGAAGCAUUGCUGGACAACAUUGUUUGAAUUUGAAGAAAGAGCAUGUUAACAUGUCAUGAUGGAUUACAAUCUCAGAGUCAGUAAUCAUGCAUUCUCUUCACCACUGACAUGACCAAAAGGAAAAUAUUCAGUCACACACUGUCUUACAGCGAAAAACCUGUAAAAAUGUAUAAAAUGAAUAAAAACCUUUUUUUAACAGUU